UUGAAUACGGAAGUGUAUUGUUAAAGAAGAUCACGUUGUUUUUAGCACGGUGGCUUGCAUUUUGACGUUCUCACGUUUCACUUUUCAAAAGAAUUAAAGGCCUAGCUUUGCAUUUUUUUUGUCAAUCGCUCGUGUAGGGCUUUGCGGAAGGAUACACUGCGGUGAAACUGCGCGAUGACGUUAACGUGGAGGGUGAUUUGAAUCGCUCUCGUUUCGUUCCAAUCAAAUUUUUACAUUUUAUACCGUGUUUUGAGUAUUUCUCCCGUUGUUUUAUACAUUUUAAUUACCUUAGAAUCGCUCGUUUUUAAGCGUUCACACAGAGAUGGCAACUGAGGCUGCUGGUGGAGAAACGAUGGCCAACGCUGAAGUGGAGGACGGCCAACCCCCAACAGAUUUUCUCAAACUCACUCCAUCUAUGUUUGGCAUCUCCGUCGAGAGUUUUACUCCCGUGUCCUCAAACCAAAAAGAAAAGUCCCGCUUGGCCCAAAUAAAGGCGAGACGGAGGUCAAGCAUCGGUGUGCGAGGCUCUCCAGAGACAAACACGCUGAUCCGCUUCAUUGCCCAGCAGAAAAUGAAGAAUGUGUCCCAACAGCAAACUCCCACGGGGAGCCCCUUUCUUCCGCGGGUCGCCUCCACGUUGAAGCAGAAAAUGGCCGCCUUCCAGAGCCUGAUGGAUGUAGAGGAGGACAACCUGUGUGAGCGGAUACCAAAGGAGGACAACAGUGAUGGAUGUCUGGAGACAGGCACUUUUCUGGCUGAUAUGGGGAAGGAAAACCAUCCUCCGGUGACAUCACCUGCACCCAGUAAGAGGAGACGCGUGGGCUCUCAGGAGGUCUGUGAGGUAGAGAUAAGAGAGUCCCGCCCGCCUGCCCUCCAUUUGAAUCUGACAGAGCUGAAGGGGGAGGAUGAACCAUCACCACCCACAGCGACCUCCGUGGCGGAGGCCACAGCUUCUCUGGUUUCCCCACCUGCUUUUGAUGCUCAGGACGAUAUCGCUGAAGACCAAAGCUCAGGCCAGCAGAAGAAGCCGUUAAUAGCUUCGCAGCCUCAGCCCUCCUGCUUGAACCGAGUCCAGUUUACGCCCUCUCAGCCUCAGAUGAAGCCCACAGGAGAAGAGGUGAAGAAGAAGCGCGUGCACUUUGGGGAUCCUCUCCCUCCUGAGUUCUUUGAUAAGAACCUUCCGCCAAGCACCCCAUUACAGAAGGGAGGCACUCCAGCUCGAGCCCAAACACCCGGUGGUGAUUUGAAACUGCGCUCCUUGCUGAAGACGCCACAGAGGAAUGAACUCAGUACUCCGGUGGUGGGGCAGGAAUUUGGAAGCCCCGUAGAUGUUGGCGCAUCACCGAAGCUUUCAAUGCCCCGCAACCGCAGAAUGAAGUCCCUGGGAGAUGAUCCAGAGAUGGAGGAUGGGAAGAUCUUUUUCUCCUCCAUGGAAGAGCUGGAUUCAGUAUUCAUGACUGAAGCAGAGUACAUGAGGGAUCCUCAGAAGGAUUUAAACGCUGCAUUUCAAGAAGAGACUUUAUCUCCUCUUCCGACAGUAACUGCAACCAGAAUAAAUCCCACGGCACAGACGGAUGACUUGAAUGUGAGCGAGCCUCUGCCAAAGAUGGAGGAGCUGCCGCAAGUGUGUCCAGAGGCUCAAACUGCUGCCAGAACUUGCAACAGGAAGAGGACGUCUUCCACAGCGCUGGAAUCCACCAGUGAAGUGCCGGCUCGCUCCAGGGGCCGAAAGAGAAAGCUCUCAGACGGUGAACCAGUGAAGAGGCCGACUCGCUCCGCUGCCAAAUCAGCUGCUGGGAAGAUGAAGGCGAGCACCACAGCCCGACACUGGAGGAAGGAGGUGAAUCGCUCCCUUUACAGCGACCGUGAAUAUGCCUCCAAGCUCCCCACGCUCAGCCCCAUCACUGAGUCACUGUCCUUCAUCACUGGGUCUCCGUCAGCAGAGCAGAGUCCCGCUGCCGCAGGCCCUGAUGAAGAUCCAGGUGUGACCCAGGAGCUUGGAAGGUCGAGAGACGACACCAAUGUCAACUGUGUCGCGUCAGAAGAUGAUGCGCAAGUUCCUGAAGAUUCUCCUGAAGACUCACCUGCUUCCACCAACUCUGGUGCUGAAGGUGCUGGGGAAGAAGGGAGUGAGUCAAAUGUUGUGGAGUCACAGAGCAGCGUCUGUGCUCUAAAUGAGGGUCUGAAGACUGGAGAUGAUCAGACUGAACUGACGGCGACUGUUGCAGCUGAUGUCCAGUUGUCAUCUGAAGCUGUCACAGAGGGAGGACCUCGUGUCCCACACUCUGAUGAGCCACAAUGUCCCGACGCUCCCGCUGAAGCGCGUCUCCCUGUGAGUAAAGGGCCGACCAAGCGCAAACCUGGGAGGAGGAGGAGAAGUUCUGUCAGGGUGGCUGAGCCCCUGAAUGAUGCGGAGGAGGAGACUCCUUCCUCACAGAGCUUGGGUUGUGAUAGCAAGGACGGGAGUCAGGAACCCAGCGUGACCCUUGCCCCCUGGCAGACCCAGGUGGAAUUUGAGAGUGUCUUCAAGCCUGUGGCCACCAGAGGGCAGUGUUCGGUGAGGCGCAGCUUGAGGAACCAACAGAUCUCUGAUGGCGGCAGCAGCAGCAGCGGUGGUGGUGGUCUGGCAUGGCUUCCUCACACGUCCUCAAACUCCAGUGAAGAACUGCGCCGGAGGAGCAGGAGCCGCCGACCCCCCGCUGAGGCCCAGGAGUCUCAGCAGAGCUCCUGAGCCCACAGCGGUGGUUACACAUGACAAACUGCUCAGUCGAUUCACGUGUUGCGUCUCCAACCAGCUUUGAGUGGUUUUCCUGGUGUGGCUGUUCCCACACCUUCCCAAAUGAAGCCGCUCAAUACGGACCCCAAUCAUCUGCGCUGAUCACCUCCUGAUCAAUAUCCAACCACUCGGCUGCUAAUCACUGGCCUCUUGACUCCAGGGUCAGCGGCCGCUUCGUGUCCCGCUCGAUAGCUUGUCUGUGCAGAUGGAUGAAGAUGCCAGCGCUGCAUUAACCCGCCGGGCCCGCGGAGACAAAAGGGACACGCGGGCAGAAAGCAAAUGAAUCAUUUGCUUGAGGUUGGGAUGUUUUGUCGCCACUGAGCCGGACUAUUGAUCUGUUCCACCAGGUUCUCUCAAGUCAUCAUUAAAGUGACACUACUGAGGUCUGUGUUUUCAAUCCCACACUCCCUUCGUGUUCUGUGCCUCUGCCUAGGCGGACGACUGGUAGCUCUGUCGUAUGGUCACGAAGGACUCCACCUGAAGCACAUGAACGCAAGAUGUUGCACUCAAUUUGAGGAUGGAGACUUUAAAAUAGUCGUCAUCAUUGGGUUUCAGUUUGGUUGAGAGGCCUGGUUGAGCUUAGCCUUGUGUUUUGGAUGGUUAGGUUUAGAGUGAGAGGCUGGGGAAAGGGUUAUGGCCAUGGGAAACCUCACAAUGUCCCCACAAGGAUAGAAAUACAAACGUGUCUGUCUAUCCUAGUGAGGACCAAUUUGGUGGGAAACGCCUCCUUGUGGGGCCCUUCUGUCGUUGUGGGGGCCCUUGUGUUGGACCCCACAAGGUCAAUCCUCAAUUUGAGGAUGAAGACAUCAAAAUACCUGGGUCUCAGUUUGGUCCUGGUUCAAGUGAGCCAUGUGUUUUGGAUGGUUAGGUUUAGAGUGAGAGGCUGGGGAAAGGGUUAUGGCAGUGAGAGGUCCUCACAAGGAUGAAAUCACAAGCUUCUAACCUGAUUUUUUUUUUUUUUUUUUUCUUCCAACUUGAAGUUGUUCUCUGCACUUAACAUGGCAAAGUGAAGGCAACUUCCUCCCUGAUGCUUUUGUUCACAUGUUCAACUCCAACUUGAGUUCACUUGUUAAAAUCUUAAAA